GCAACGGAUAAACAUCGCAAAGUUUGGAUUUGUACACAAACCUCCCCGUGAGUUUUGUUGAGAAAAUGUAACUUAUCUAACACUGAGGUUUUUUUUUAAAAUAACAAUUUUUAACACUUUGUACAUGCUUUCGUUGAAUUAAAAUUACAAAGUUCUAAGUAAAUUUGCAUUGUACGCAUCUGGUGGCUUUUUUUCAUGAAACUAAAAUGAAUUUAAACUACGGCUCCCUUGUUAAGAAAGCUAUUGGGUUGCUUGACACCUUUGGAAGUAAAAUACAAAGUCUGGAUGCCUUCAUGGAAGAAGCUUUACAGGAUCUUCAGAACAUAAAUGUUCAGCAAAGAAACUUCAUACUUGACAUCUUUUCUGGAUGCAUUGAGAAUAAAAAGCAACUGGAUGUCGUUGUCAAUGCUUUCUAUGCCACUAAUGGCAAACUAAUGUCAAGAAGAGAUCGCAAUCAGUUUGUCAUGAUUUGUUACCUUACAUUUUCUCUCGAUGACCUUGGACUUCAAAAUUUCAGCAACAUGAUUGAAUCUAUUGGCAUCAAGAACAUGUACACAUUCUUGAACUUUUACUUCUCAAACCUCACCUCAUCGAUAAAACACGAGUGGAGCUCCAUCAUUGAUGCAGCAUUUGUGGAAGAACACUGGAUUAACCCUCUGCUCAGAUGGCGCCCUGAGAUCUAUAAUCUACUGUCUCAGCUUGCUGCAAAAACAUCCCAAGACAACCCAAAAAAGAAAGUUACCACAAAAGUCACUGUGCCUCAGGAGUUCUCCUUCAGCAAGCCUAAACCCAGACUUUUAUCUGUGCCAGAGCUCCCACCAGAGCACGAAAAAACCAAACCAGUACCAAGCAGCAUCCAUAGAUCUCCAAAGGAAAUGCACAUUUUAAAAGAGAUCAAAGAAAAAAAACAUCAAAAGGCUGAGGAGCUUUUUUAUGAGGCAAAUCUAAAACAGAUCAGAAUGGAAAACCCUCUGAAGUCAGAAAGCUCAGAGGCUGGCAGCUUUUCUGUCAAACUAAACAAAGCAGCUAUUCUGAGGAGGGAGGCACUGUGCGACCAACAGUUAGAGCAGGAAUUGCAGAGACAAGAGUGGCUGAUGCAAGGAGGCCUGGAGCCUUCGGCUUUCCUGCAGUGGCAGAGAGAAAUGCUGACCAGGGAUCAGCUGCCAAUGACUGAGAAAAAACAGCUGGAAGCACAAAUCAGGGAUGAGAGGAUAGCCCUGGCUCGAGAACAAAUAAUGGACCGCAACCAGAAGACAGCACAGCAGACAAAAGAGGAGAUUGCCCAGCUGAUGCAAGAAAUUGCUGAGGAACGGAUCCAGGAGGAACAAAAAAAGAAAGAAUUGGUGCAACAAGUGGCAGAAAGCCACAAGAAUACCAAAGAAGCUAAAGAGAAAUUAAAAAAAUUAAAACAAACCAUAGUGAAGGAAGUUUCAGAGGAAAGUCAGGAACUUCUUUUUCAAGCAUUUGAGGAGAAACAAGCUGAACUCUGUAAAAGAUUUGAAAUGAUCCAUGAAAACCAUGCCAAGCAAUCGCUGCCUCGUAUCCGACUCAACCCGUUUGACGACACAAAAACUGCAGGGCACGGCCUUCUGGAAGAGAUGCCCCUUGCUGAGCUCAGACUGCGUCUGGACUUGCUGAAGAUGGAACGGCAAGAAGAGGAGCAGGAGAGACGCAUGCACAUCCUGCAAGAGAAGCAGAAACAGGAGGAGCUGCUCCAAAAGAGGCUGGAAGCCAUUGAGCUCCACAGCAGAGCACUGGCAGAGGCAGCAGCCAUUAGCAGGAGAACAGAGAAGCAGGCCAGACAGGAGCUUCUCCAGCAGUUGGUGAAUAAGGAUGACUCAGUUUUGGCUCUGCGGAAGGAGCUUGAACAGACGAAGCAGGCACGCCAACAGCUGAAGCAAGCCAAAAAAAGCAAGGCCAAGGCGCAUUCUGCCACCCACAUGGGGACACCCAGCCAGACGGGCCUCAAAGAGAGAAGCUGGGAGGAACUGGAGCAGAGUUUAUCCCGCUUCAUUCAAAACAAGCUGUAAUACAUUACAGACUUUGGGUUACUGCUAUUCAACAUUCAAUAGUGAUCCAAUACAAGCCCACAUGAUUGUAAUGUGUCAUAUGAAUGUUGUAUUAUUUUAAGCUAUUUUGAUUGUAACAUCUUCAGAGGUGGAAAAUAACAUCCUCAACAAGGA